AUGGAGUCCGACAUCGCAGACGACCUCGACAAGCUCAACAUUAGAGAUAUUCUCAACGCAGAUUCCCGACCGACUUUUAUUAUUGAUUUAGAUCCAGAUGAUGAAAUCCCGUUGCAGUCAAAGGUUAUUGAGCCUGUCUUCGCCAAUACCGCGUUGAGUACGCAUGAGAAGCUCUAUGACGUGGUCCGAGGGGAGGAGACUUCACACGUUCAAACAGAAUCUGUUUCAUAUGGCGAUUUCAGGAAUUGGGCAACAAGCAUAACGACGCAGGAUGAUUCAAAGGAUGUUUUCCCGCUCUUUUUCCUGUACAAAGAUUUAUUAUGGACGGGAUCAACUGUCGCGAAAAGAUGGCGAUUGAUUAGUGGAAAUCGACUUUGGCACCACAGCGCACCACCCAGGACAUUAUCUUCAAGUGCGCUUUCACGGGCGAGUACCCCGGGUAUCAAAGAUCCGGAGCGUGUCAAGGACUCGCCCAGACCACCAAAACCGGACCCUGAGCCUGAGCCAGAGCCAGAUACCAAGGAAAUAUUCCAAAGCCCGACGGAAAUAACAGCACCGGAACUGCCUUCAACAGACACAACACUCAUCACAUCAACACAACGAAAACAAUCGCUCCUAUCAUGGUGGCGCGCUGGGACAUCCCGAGGAAGCUCAGACCGUAUCACUGGCAGUUCAAGCAGCGGAUCAUUCGUCCUGGGAAAGCCCGAGAAGGCCGUUGCAGAUUGGACGGUUGCGAAGCCCAAGGGUGUUUUGACACCGUACAUCAGGCUUUUGAGGGAGAUUGACUGGUCUGAGACGCCUCUUGGACAUAUGGAUACUUGGUCACCAGAACUGCGACAGGUGGCGAAUUUGGUCAUCACAAACCCUCAUCCCGCGAGCUUGUUCUGGGGAAAUGACAUGACGAUGCUGUACAAUGAACAAUACGCUAUUCAUUACGCCGGAAACAAGCAUCCUUCCAUGUUGGGUACCGGCGCAUCAGGUCCCUGGUCAGAAGCAUGGGAUGUUCUUGGAUCUGCUUUUGCCGAAGUCGUCAGAACAGGAGUCAGCCACCGAAGCGACAAUGAUGAAUUAGCGCUAUUCAGACGAGGGUUCUUGGAGGAAACGCAUAUUUGCUGGUCGCUCACACCAUUAUACGGCGGCACGAACCGAAUCUGCGGCUUUUACAAUGCACCCUUCGAAACAACCGACCUCAUCCUGGGUCAGCGUCGAAUGGCUACUAUCAACAAACUAGGCGAAUCUCUACGUAAAGCAACAUCGAUCAAGAGUUUCUGGAAACUUGUUCUUGAAGGACUAGAGGAUAACCACAAGGAUGUUCCUUUCGCGCUGGUCUACUCUGUCGGAGACGCGGAGGACGGUGAUCAUCAGUCCAGUUCUUCAGGCAGCACCAUCUCAAGCAAGUCCUGUUACCUGGAAGGUACGAUUGCGAUCCCGAGAGGUCAUGCUGCUGCGCCUGACCAGAUUGAUCUUAAGAGAAGUCAUCAAGGUUUUGUGCCGUCUUUCCGCGAAGCUAUGCGAACGCGCGGUGAACCUACUCUGGUUCGCAUCCGGGACGGAACUCUACCGGAGGAUAUCUUGCAGGGGAUCAAGUGGCGCGGUUUUGGCGAGGUUGGAACCGAAGCGAUUAUCUUCCCUGUCCGACCGACGAACGGUGAGAAUGUUCUAGCGUUCUUGGUUCUGGGUGUCAAUCCUCGCAGACCUUAUGACGCCGGAUACAAAUCUUUCGCUUCGCUACUUAACAACCAACUCGCAACGUCACUCGCAUCGAUUAUUCUCUUUGAAGAAGAAACCCGCCGCGGACGCGAUGCUGCAGAGGCUGCCGCUUUGGAGAAGGAGGAAUUAACGCAGCAGAUUAACCUUCAAGCAAGUCGUUUGCGCAGAAUGACGGAGUUAUCGCCAUUGGGAAUGUUUCUUACCAGCCCGGAAGGAGUUCUACGCGAAGCGAAUGAUAAGUUUUACGAAAUGACGAGUCACACGCGCGAAACACACGGUGAUAUGGCUUGGGUCGAUUUGAUGGGUACUUCAGGCAGUAUCAUGGAAGAAGGAUGGCAUCGUCUCACACAAGAACUGCUUCCCUGGUCCGGCGAAGUCAAGUUACGAAAGGGUGUCGAGGACCCUGUCAACAUCCAUGGCGAAUCAAUCGAUCUAUGGGUUAUGGUCACAGCGCAUCCUGAAAUCACACCUGGUGGUACGCUGCGGUCAAUCAUGGGCUCUAUCACGGAUAUUUCCCAUCUCAAGUGGGCUCAAGGUCUACAAAAUCGACGGUUGCAGGAAGCCGAAGAGACGAGACGACAACAAAAUGAGUUUAUCGAUAUCACAUCGCAUGAGAUGAGAAAUCCGCUCAGUGCGAUUUUGCAAUGCGCGGAUGAUAUUACUUUGGCUAUGGAGGCGGCGAAGACGAGCGGUGUACCCGCAUCGCAGGAUGUUCUAGAUUCAUGUCUUGACGCGUCGCAGACUAUUGCGCUAUGUGUGCAGCAUCAAAAGUCCAUUGUGGAUGAUAUCCUCACCGUCUCCAAACUGGACUCGAAUCUUCUUCUCAUCACACCCGUGGUUUGCCAACCUCAAGCUAUCGUGGAACGAGUGGUGAAGAUGUUUGAGUCAGAGAUGCUGGCAAAGGAUAUUACUCUUGAGAUUCAGAUCCAUGAUGAGUUCAAAGAACUUGCUGUGGACUGGGUUGCGAUGGAUCCUAGUCGUGUUCUUCAGAUAUUGAUCAAUCUCAUGACGAACGCUAUCAAAUUCACGGCUUCAUCUGAGAGACGCAGUAUCAAGGUUACUGUCGGGGUAUCAAAGACACCGCCAGGAGGUACACAUACUCCAGGUUUUGCCUUCGCACCGACACGAGGCGAGCUCGGUAAUGUUGUAUCUUCGGAGGAAUGGGGCACCGGAGAAGCUUUGUACGUGCGAUACAGAGUUCAGGACACAGGCUGUGGUCUCACCGAAAACGAACGCCGAAUCCUUUUUCAACGGUUCAAGCAAGCCUCACCGCGAACACACGCCAAAUACGGUGGAAGUGGACUCGGUUUGUUCAUCUCGAAACGUCUUGCCGAACUUCACGGUGGUCGUAUCGGUGUUGCUUCAGAAGCUGGUAAGGGAAGCGACUUUGGCUUCUACGUACAAGCCCGCCGCUCAGCAGCACCCUCCAAAAAAGACCCUAACCAACCUGUCCUCUCACAAACACCAUCUACCACAAAUCCUGCCACAUCAGGGCCUGUACGCACGCCGUCUGGCAACUCCGACAUCCUCAACCCGACAAACAACCGACGACGACACGGCUCCGAUGAAACAUUCGAUCCUCGCUCAUUAACGAUCCACAUCGUGGAAGACAACCUCAUCAAUCAAAAGGUCCUGGUUAACCAACUCCGCAAAGUAGGCUGCACAGUAAGCGCCACCAACGACGGCGUCGAAGCCCUUGAAUUCCUCAAAAAGACACAUUUUUGCAAACAUGACGGCUCCGAACUGUCCGUUAUACUGAUGGAUCUCGAGAUGCCCAACAUGGACGGUCUUACAUGUGUUUCCGAAAUUAGACGGAUGCAGAAGGAGGGUGGCAUACUGGAGCAUGUACCAGUCAUUGCUGUUACAGCGAAUGUAAGGGAUGAACAGAUUAGGACGGCGUUGCAGAGUGGUAUGGAUGAUCUUGUGAGCAAACCUUUUAGAAUACCCGAGGUUAUGAAUUAG